CGUAGCGAGCAGAUCGGGAAGAGCUCUGUUUAGAACACGUGCGCGCGCGGCGUCGUCUUGGCUCUCGUUGCGUACGACCAAAACAAACCUUUGAGUUUUUUGAACGCUAAGUCCCACGGUCUUACGUCCUCCUAAGUGCCUUUCCACGAAGGUACACCAUCCACUCCACCCCUCGGUAAACCAUUAUAUCCUUAGGGCCGGUGCGCGGUAAAGAAUAUCUGAAAGCAAGAGACUGAGCAACAGCUGAUCCACCCACGUGCUCCUGCAGCACUAUUAAUUUCGGCGGUGCCCGUGUGGUGAUGCGAGGAGGCUCUGGGUAACCGAGCGAGUCGACGCGCCAUGACCAACCUCAACCGCAUCCGGGUCGUGGUGCUGGGCAGCGCGAGAGUCGGCAAGUCCGCCGUCACGGUGCGCUACCUCACCAAGCGAUACAUCGGGGAGUACAGUUCCAACAGCGAUUUUCUGUACCGGCAUAAUGUGACUUUCGACAAUGUGACGACGGAAGUAGAAAUACUGGACACCUCCAAAUGUGCAACAUCACAUUCUCACCGAAUGAUACAGGACAAGAAACAGGCGACGGGCUGCCUGUACGACCACAUCCGAUGGGGCGAGGCGUUCGUGGUGGUGUACAGCGUGUGCGACCGCGCCAGCUUCAACGACGCGCACGAACUGCUGGACAAGCUGGCCAAGCUGAAGCUGCCCUCCUACUUCACGACGCUGCUGCUCGGCAACAAGCGAGACCUCGACCACUCGCGUGAGAUCUGCGUGGACGCGGGCCAGGAGCUGUCGCUGCAGUACGGCUGCCAGUUCUACGAGGUGAGCGCCGCCGAGAACUUCGCGGGCGUCUCGCUGGCCUUCCAGUCGCUGUUGCGCGAGGCGCGCUCCGUGCAGCUGCUGCGCGCGCUGCCCAUCCGCCGCAAGCUGGGCGUCAACUCGGUCAGCAAGGUGCUCGGCAACAUCUUCGGCAAGAACAGCAACAAGGCCUCCGGCGACCGCAAGAAGAGGCCGUCGCUCUCCAUAUAGCUGGCCCGCCUGUGCCCCGGCAGCGGGGCCUGACGACGCUGACGCCGUCGCGUCCGUUCCUACACACUGUGCGCCGAGGGGCCGCCGGGGUGUCCCACCGCACCACAGGCUGCGGUUGGCUGCCGCAUUCCUCGAGUACCUAGGCAGCUGUCUGUGGACAGAAUCUCUCGCGUGAGAACGACUAGAGGUUUCGAGGCUUCCCACAUGAACUGCAUCUCACAAGAAGUGCUUUGCAUCAGAUGCGAAGACGUGUGAUGCUUGGUAGAAGCUCCCCAUUCGAGACUGCCCUGUUUUAGAGGGCAUAUUUAUACAUAGUAUUGACUAGAUUCGUUGACCUCCGAUUUGGGUACGUGGCCUUACCGACAGUAGGUUGUCCACUGGAAUACCCCCUCCAAACGCAGGGAUCAAAGUCGCUCCUAAAAGGACCCAACACACUUGCAUUAAUGUGCAGCGGAAAUGAUCCAACAUUUCACAUGUUGAAGUCACUACCACUCAAGUUCCUCAAGGUCGUGAGCGAAGGUAUCGGUGCAAAUACAAGAGGCACCUGACAAGUGUUUGCUUCCAUCCCAGGGGACACUGAAGAUUCAACGAGUCUCAUGACAGUAUAAACAAAUUCAGUAUCGAUUUAAAGCGGGUGUGUCCAAUCUUUCAGCUUACCUGGUCCACACUGGAA